CUCACCUCUCACCACUGCACAAGUCCUUGGACUGAAGUGGUCACCUCCUCCUCGGCUCCACCAUGCUUCCCAGGAUCCAGAGAAGCAUCUUCUAUCUCGGGGAGGAGGGUGGUGAUGGCCACCGUGGUGCUGAUGAUCACCAUGGAGAUAACAUUGUUGACAUCCAGCGGCGCCUCGGGGGGCACACCCACGGCCGCCGUCUGCGGCGAGGAGGGCGAGACGUCGUCGUCGGGCUGCAGAUCCUCGUCCAGCACCACCCGCAACCGUGUCAUGUCGUCCUCAAGCAGAUGGUCAGCUCGCCGCCGGCCCGCCGCCGCCUUUCUGGCAGCUUCUCGGGAGCCUGCUCCCUGUGCCGGAGGGAGCUCAGUCCCGACAAAGACGUGUACAUGUACAGGGGUGACCAGGGGUUCUGCAGCGAGGAGUGCCGGCGGCAGCAGAUCUUGUCGGACGAGGCCAGAGAGCACGAGGCCAUGGUCAGCAAGGAGCGUCGAGGUCUGGCUCACCGCCGUCACCACCCCGGGCCAUGGCCGGCGCCGCCGGUGGCGAUCCGGGGCGCGCCGAGGAGAUUACUGGCGGUAGCGUAGCCUGAUUAUGCAUAAUAACGCAUGCACGAACUAUGACAUCCAUGAGCAGAUCGAUCAAGAACCUAUGAUGCUGAAAAGUUAAUUACAAGUAAUCGAGGGGCAAAUCAAUACGCGUAUUUGCAUAUAUGGCGAGGUGAGGGUGAGAAUCUUGAGAUGGUAUGAAUAUGUUAGAGAGACGUUGAAGCAGGGUGCAUGUUUUUUCUUCAGGCUGGUUGGUUCAGAUCUGUAGUCAUGAUGCAAACAAAUGUAAUCUGCUCCUGGCCGCCUGUUAAUAUGUGCACAUCCGGUUAAUUCUAGAGGGAAGAAAGUAAAAAAUAAGAAUAAUUGGUACACGAAAAUUUGGUGGGAUGCUGCUGCAA